CACACGUGCAGCCAGGCGGCCUGGCCUCUUGUAGCCGCAGUGUCACCCAGUGCCCUAGACAUGGCCGAUUACCUGAUCAGCGGCGGCACCAGCUAUAUCCCUGAUGACGGCCUCACUGCCCAGCAGCUCUUCGGGGCUGGUGAGGGGCUGACAUACAAUGACUUCCUCAUUCUUCCUGGGUACAUAGAUUUCACAGCAGAUCAGGUGGAUUUGACUUCUGCACUCACCAAGAAAAUUACCCUGAAGACCCCAAUGGUUUCAUCCCCGAUGGACACAGUGACAGAGGCCAAUAUGGCGAUUGCAAUGGCGUUAACAGGUGGUUUUGGAGUUAUGCAUCAUAAUUGCACACCAGAAUUCCAAGCAAACGAAGUUCGGAAAGUAAAAAAAUACGAGCAGGGGUUCAUCACUGAUCCAGUUGUACUAAGUCCCAGACACAGAGUCCAUGAUGUGUUUGAAUCAAAAGCGCGGCACGGCUUUUGUGGCAUCCCUAUUACUGAGAACGGCAAGAUGGGCAGUAAACUUGUUGGCAUCAUUUCAUCAAGAGAUAUCGACUUUCUCAAACCUGAGGAACAUGAUCAGCCUCUUAGUGAAAUAAUGACCAGGCGGGAAGACCUUGUUGUUGCGCCAGCUGGUGUCACAUUGAAGGAAGCAAAUGAAAUCUUACAGAGAAGUAAAAAAGGAAAGCUCCCAAUUGUAAACGAGAAAGAUGAACUGGUGGCAAUAAUUGCUCGCACAGACCUGAAGAAGAACAGGGAUUACCCGCUAGCUUCUAAAGAUGCCAAGAAGCAGCUGCUGUGUGGCGCAGCCAUUGGUACUCACGAGGAUGACAAGUACCGUUUGGAUCUUCUGGUGCAAGCAGGAGUGGACGCUGUAGUUCUUGAUUCUUCCCAAGGAAACUCCAUUUACCAGAUAAAUAUGAUAAAGUACAUCAAGGAGAAGUAUCAAGAUCUACAGGUCAUUGCAGGAAAUGUGGUGACUGCAGCACAGGCGAAGAAUCUGAUAGAUGCUGGGGCAGAUGCUUUGAGAGUGGGAAUGGGAAGUGGCUCCAUUUGUAUAACGCAAGAAGUUGCUCCACAGAUCCCUCCAGACUUAAAGUCCCACAGCCCCAAAUGCCCUUCUAGUGUGACAGGCAUCUAUAUGCUGGCGUGUGGCCGACCACAGGCUACAGCUGUAUACAAAGUAUCAGAGUACGCUCGGAGGUUUGGGGUCCCAGUAAUUGCUGAUGGGGGUAUCCAGACAGUUGGACACAUUGCAAAAGCUUUGGCCCUCGGUGCUUCCACAGUCAUGAUGGGCUCCUUGUUGGCAGCAACUUCAGAAGCGCCAGGUGAAUACUUCUUCUCGGAUGGCAUUCGGCUGAAGAAGUACCGUGGCAUGGGCUCUCUGGACGCCAUGGACAAGAAUGUCAGUAGCCAGAAGCGUUACUUCAGUGAGGCGGAUAAAAUUAAAGUGGCUCAGGGUGUAUCGGGUGCGGUACAGGACAAGGGAUCCAUUCACAAGUUUAUUCCAUAUUUAAUUGCUGGAAUCCAGCACUCCUGCCAGGAUAUAGGUGCCAAAAGCUUAACGCAAGUCCGGUCCAUGAUGUAUUCUGGGGAACUGAAGUUUGAGAAGAGGACGAUGUCUGCACAAGUUGAAGGAGGCGUCCAUGGGCUUCACUCGUAUGAGAAGAGACUGUAUUGAUUGUACUAAAGCUGACACCUGCCAUUGCACCUUCUGCCAUUAAAUCAGCUGAUGCUGACACCUCCCACUGCGACUGUUCAUGCUGCCAAUGACUGCACACGUUCUAAGCAAACUGCUGUCUUAUAUGUCUGCCUGUUGUCCUGGGGCCCCAGAGGCUUGUUAACAUUUUUAUAAUAAAACAGUUAAAUAA